ACAGAAGUUGGCUUAUUGAAAAUCAGAGUCAUCCGAACGUAAGCCUUUGCGCUUUCAAAAUGGCUACACAAACGAUUCGAUUUUUAACAGUCUCCCAAAUUCAACGACUUCAUGCAAGAUUUGUCAUUCCCAAUGCCGUUCCAGCCCAGCCAAGCCUGCUAGAGUCUGUAGUCUAUUUGCCAAUGAACAUGAAACAUUAUGCAAAAGAGGAUGAUGUUUUUCAGCUUGCUGCGAACCUUGCUGAGAAAAUAAUGAAAAACCAUGCCUUUCAGGAUGGGAACAAACGCACCGCCUUACUGGCCGCUGAUAUGUUCUUGAAGAUCAACGGCUACUACCUUUAAAAAGUGCCAUUCGCGGACGAUCCACACAAUGAGGGGCUAGCAAAUGCUUAUGUCGCCAUUAUUACCAACCAAUGGACUGCUGAACAGUUAGGAAACUAUUAUAAGUCUGUAGCAGCACCUCUUGUUCCGGCGACUGCAGAAGUCAUGGAAUAUAGAAGUUCAGCUACCAAGUACUAGUCUCAUACUCUCCAUCGGCAUCUUUGAGGCUUUGGAUGGCUUCUGUGUGGUGUUCUGAUUGCAGGAUCCUGUUCAGAUGAGGUUUAUAGUCACAAAGUAUUUGAUUUUGCAUAUUGAUUGUGUAUCUUAUAUAUUUUUAGUUAUCUUUACUUUAAAUAGAAGGGAAGGAGGCC